UUCUAGCUUACUGGUGUGUGUGUCUGUCCUCAGAUAUAUAACAAUGGAGCGAUAUUAUCAACCGCAACAAAUCGAGAACACGAAGACGAUUCAGUUAGAAAGGCUUGAUCUUUAGUUUCCAGAUAUUGAUCGGAGAAAAAUGACUGCUGUAGCGAUUAACCACUUGUUCGGCUUGCCGGAGACGAUCGAGAAGCUAAUUCUCCCGAUUUCCCGUUCCGGCGAAGGUAAUCACGAGUCUCGAGACAGUAGUAACAACAUCCCAAUCGACAUUUUGGAAUCUUCCAAAGAAUACAUAUUUUACCUUGACAUCCCUGGAGUCUCCAAAUCCGAUAUCCAGGUGACUGUGGAGGAAGAGAGGACUUUGGUGAUAAAGAGUAACGGGAAGAGGAAGAGAGAUGAUGAUGGGAGUGAAGAAGGGUCUACUAAGUACAUUAGACUCGAGAGGAGACUUGCUCAGAAUCUUGUCAAGAAGUUCCGCUUACCGGAAGAUGCUGACGUGGCUGCCGUUACGGCUAAGUAUCAAGAUGGGGUUUUGACUGUCACCGUUGGGAAGUUACCGCCUCAGCCCCCGAAACCUAAGACUGUUCAAAUCGCUGUUUCUUGAAUGGUUUUGUGUGUUCUGUAGCUUGUAGUUUGUUGUUUUGAAAUCUUAAGGACUCGGUUCUCUUUCAUGUUUUCUGAUCAACGUCCACAAGUUUGGAUCUUUAAGGAUUCUCGUUUCUUUGUAAAGCGGAUAAUUCCAGUGGAACUAAGGGAGAUUGUGUAGUUCUGAACAGAAUCUCAUGUUUCAGUUUC